UUAUCUGCUUUGCUCUCUCUUCUGUCUUUGCUACUUCUUGAAUUCUCUGAAUCUCAAGUUCAGCAGAGCCAUCUGUUCUUCCGCCAUGGUGAUUCUUCGUUGGACCUCAACCUUCUUCGUCAUCGUCGCCGCUUUCUUGCAGCUUAUUCACUUCGCAUACUCGGAGUCAUUUAUCGGCGUAAAUUAUGGUCAAGUCGCCGACAAUCUGCCUCCGCCGUCGGAGACGGCGAAGCUGCUACAGUCGACCUCGAUCGGCAAGGUCAGAAUGUACGGUGCCGAUCCGGCGAUCAUAAAAGCCUUAGCAAACACCGGCAUCGGGAUCAUGGUCGGCACAUCGAACGGUGACAUCCCAUCUUUGGCCUCUGAUCCCAACGCGGCGCAGCAGUGGAUCAAUUCUAAUGUCCUCCCCUUCCAUCCUGCCAGUAACAUCAUCCUGAUCACCGUCGGUAACGAGGUUAUCACCUCCAGCGACGGGAACCUUAUGUCGCAGCUCCUACCGGCGAUGCAGAAUCUCCAAAAUGCCCUCAACUCUGCAUCUCUGGGCGGCAAGAUCAAAGUCUCUACCGUCCAUUCCAUGGCCGUUCUCAGGCAAUCGGAGCCACCGUCUUCUGGAAUGUUCCAUCCUCAGUACAUCCCCACCAUGAAAGGGAUGCUUGGGUUUCUCAGUUCCACGGGUUCCCCUUUCGCCAUUAAUCCCUACCCUUUCUUUGCGUAUCAGGGCGAUCCCAGGCCUGAAACUCUGGCCUUCUGUCUUUUCCAGCCCAACUCAGGGCGAUUCGACUCGCGGACCAACAUUAAUUAUAUGAAUAUGUUUGAUGCGCAGCUUGAUGCCAUCCGAUCUGCUUUGAACUCCAUUGGCUUCAAGGGCGUGGAGAUCGUGGUGGCUGAGACAGGGUGGCCAUACAAAGGGGACAGCAAUGAAGUGGGUCCUAGCGUGGAGAAUGCUGAGGCUUAUAACGGGAAUCUGAUUGCUCACCUCAGAUCAAUGGCUGGGACACCUCUGAUGCCAAAUAAGUCAGUUGAUACUUAUAUCUUUGCUCUGUAUGACGAGGACUUGAAACCUGGGGCGGCUUCAGAGCGGUCCUUUGGGCUUUUCAAGCCUGAUCUGACCAUGACUUAUGAUAUUGGUCUGUCCAAGAGUAGCCAGACUCCAGCAACACCAACUACUCCUGUGACUCCGGCCCCCAAAUCAAAGGCAACAGGGUGGUGUGUGCCCAAGACUGGUGUUUCUGAUGCUCAGUUGCAGGCUAAUCUUGACUAUGCGUGCAGCCAGCAGGGGAUUGAUUGUGGUCCAAUCCAACCAGGUGGUGCCUGUUACGACCCAAACACCGUAGCCUCACAUGCAGCAUAUGCCAUGAAUCUCCUCUAUCAAAAAGCUGGCCGGAAUCCUUGGAACUGUGAUUUUUCACAAACUGCAACAUUCACAUCUAACAAUCCUAGUUAUAAUGGUUGCACCUAUCCUGAUGGAAGUACUUGAAAAGCAGAGGAGCUUUAUUCGAUUCUUACAGGAUAAACAUGAGUCAUGGGUUGGAGGUAUGGGGGUUCUUAUUCUAAGUAUGAAGUGGUAAGGUAUCCUCUUUUGUAUGGAUGGAGGAGAAAUCUCUCUUAUCUCUCAUCGUUAAUUAUUGUUGUUGUGAAAAUGACGGGCGCAAAAGUCAGUCCAGUGUGUAGUAGGUGGUGCUAAUGAGGGCUUUCUCUUUGUACAUGUACUGUGUGAAUUAUGUGUGAUAUAUAUAUAUAUAUAUAUAUAUGUAAAGAGGGCCUCUGGUUCAACCUUCUCAACUC